ACACACACACUUGCUUGCUUGCUUGUAGUUGUCCAUCGAAUCCAAUGAUGACAUCCAUUUCUGUCUUUUAACGGUGAGUUUUCUGAUGGCUGUAUAGGCCUAUCCUGGAUCCACAGGUUCUAUUGCAGGUGGGGCAUGUAUACAUGAUAUUGGUGUUACUGUCUUUCAUGGGUGUGGAUGUGGGUGUGUUCCUCCUGAGCCUUCUUUGUUUUCUUUGUUGUCCUUUCCUCCUCCAGUGCUUGGGUCCCAUCUAGACAUAGCUGCCGCCAGGUCUUGCGGUCAGCAGCCAUGUUCUCCAGGUCCCCAGGUUUGAUUUUGCACCUCUUAAGCGCUGUCUUCAGUUGGUCUUUAAAGCGUUUCUUCUGGCCUCCAGCAGAGCGUUGGCCUUGGUGUAGCUGGCCAUAUAGCACUCUGCUGGGCAGACGGUUGUAGGGCAUCCUUAUGACAUGCCCCAACCAACGCAGUUGGUGCUGGGUGAUUGUGGCCUCAAUACUCUUGCAGCCACACACACACACUUUUUUUUAUGAAAAACCAGCAGCUGACGCCUGUAGUUUCACGAGUGGAUAAUAAUGUUGCGUUGAGGGCCGCGGGGUUUCACGGUAAUUACUCUGCUUCAAUGGGUUAAGCCAUGAGCCUCUAACCCGUGACGGUCAUGAGGGUUUUCUGCCCCUCUCUGCUCUCCGGCAUACUGAGGGAAGAUAUUUGAGGAGUGUAACACAGAGCUUCAAGACGAAGUCUGUCUGAGAAGGAAUCCCAACCAGAGGAACUGCUCUCUGCCAUCUAAUUAUCCAAUUUGCUUGAUGCCGCGUAAUUGUACAGACGGGAUGCCUCGUGGAGAAUUCAACAUUUAUUUUGCCAGCAGCAGACGAGGAUACGUCAGAGCUGAGGAGGCAGUGGGUAUAGUUCUGCUGGUGGUCAUCCUGGCAGCUCUCCUCAUCCUGGGAUGCUGGUACUUCAAGAAGAGGAGUGGCUACAAAAUAAUCAGGAGCCCUAGAUCGGGGUCACCAGGUCACACAGGAGGCCAGUACUCAGAGGCAGGAUCUUCCGCAAAUAACAAGAUGGCUCUAACUGACUUCGGCAGCUUUCGACCUCCGGUUCCAAAUGCUCCUCCAGCCUAUGAAAAAAUUUCCUCAGGGACGCUGCCUCCACCCUAUUCCCCCUAAAGCACUUCGGUAGUAGACGGACAGUUGUCUGAAGACAAAAGGAAGACACUGGAGAACAACUUCUAAACUUCUUCUAAUGUCACUGUCAAUAUGGUUCCUUAUGUUUCGUAGCUAAACAAAACCAAUAUGUAAAACUAUUUUAUCCCUCACUUUAUAAAAUUAUUCACAUUAACGAACACAAUGUAUAUACUGUGGUUGUUUCAAUAAUAAAAAAAAAAUCUUUCACAAGAGUCUGUGUAUAAGGAAGCAGCUCAAACACACUUUUUGGGGACCGUUGUAUUGUUUAUUCCUAUGCAAUAAUGUCCACAUUUGUUCAAUGAAA